GGAGUUACACGCAAAGACUCCCCCAUUACAACCAGAUAUGACAAACCUUAGUUCAAAACAAUCUGGGAAUCUGGAUUGUUGUCCUUUAUGUCUGCAUGGAAUAGUAUAGACCCCACCUGGCCCUUUCCUUAUCUAUGAGAUGUUCCGACCAUUAUAACUGUAGCACUUUUCCUUGCAUGUGACACAACUAUUAUUCCUUGUGCCUGUGCUUACAUUGGCUGUGGUGAGAAGUGUUUUACAGUGUAGGCACAUGAAUACAGAUAGUAUACUGUGAACAGUAAAGGGUGAAUGCUGGAUAUUCAUAGUCUGCACAGAAGACCUUGGAGGCCAGUUGUGACCUGAUAAGAACUGCCAGACAAAUGUUUCUGUCCACAGAGACAAUUUGCAGGAGAGCUGCUCGCGGCUGUAAGGUAUAUUUAGCAUAUAAUAAUGGAAAUUAAAUAAAGCGGAAGAAAAAGUUGGAAAUGCCUAGAAAAAGAAAGAGUUUAUCUGCAAGUCCUCAAAGAAGGGUUUCUAUCAGCAACUGUUCAUCCGUCCCAUCGUCCUCUGCUGGCCUACCCCUUCCACCAGCAAUGAGCAAUAACAGAGAAGAAGUUUUUAGCAGUAUGUGUGAAAUGUUCCCCAACCUUGAUGCCUCCUUGAUUGAGAUGGUGCUUAGCGAAUAUAAAGAAGUUGAGCUAGUGAUGGACUAUCUCUUGGAGCUAUCGACAGCUACUAAAGGGAAUGCUCAGGAGUCAGCAGGUUUUGAUAAGAUUGCAUCACUUCUGGAUGACUUUCAGAUUGAAUCACAAGGUCAAGAAAGUUUUGAAGAUGUGCCUAAUCGAGUAGAAGAACAGCAAGACACCUCAUAUGUGGAUGAGACUAUGUGCAAUGACUUGGAUGCGCUGUUAGAUGAGGCACUUGAUAGGUAUGGAUUAAACAUUGCAGAAUCCCUUCCCAGCACAGAGCAAUGCGAGGACAGAUCAUUGCUUCAUGAUAUAGUAAAGCCGGAGCUGGAUCUAACCUGCGUUCAGAAUACCUCAUUCCCCACAGAUCAUACAAUAUUAAUUGAUCAGUCCAAAUCAGAUUACACAUGGGCCUCAUGUUCAGAUGUUGCAGCUAUCAAAGAUGAAAGGGAUAUAUCUUUACAUGUCGUUGAAACAGCUAACUUGGUAGAUGUAGAAUCUGAUUGUAACACAGCUCCAGAUAUGAUCGAUCCUCUAAAUUGUUCUGGUUAUCAAGCCACAUGUUCCCAAGAAAAUAUUAGAUGUGUUGAGAAGCCUACGGAAGUGGACCAGCAGUGUCCUGAGCCAAUAUUGCCAACAUCACAUGUGAAACCUCCAAGUGCAUCUCCAAAGUUUCAAACAAAGUGGAAUCCUAUGGCGUCUUCCUUUUACCCAACAUCCAAUGUAAAUCCUUCCUUCAUUGCACCAGUAGCUCUUAGUCCUUCACCAUGGCCAUGUAUACCUGGGAGAAGAGAACCUGUAAUAGGCGUUUGCUAUAAUCCUCCUCCUCCUCCAUCUUUUGUCUGGAAUAUGAACAAUUUUCCCCAAACCCACUGGAAUACUGAGAAUAUAAAACCCAUAAAUAUGGCUCAGAGUUCACCUCAAAUCUCCAAAAAACUGGCACUGUUUGUGGGAAAAGUGCUUGUUCUUCUGAGGGGUGCCCCAGGCUCAGGGAAAUCUACAUUAGCAAGGUUAUUACUAGAGCAAAAUCCUUUAGGAGUUAUUCUGAGCACUGAUGAUUACUUUAUCCAAAACGGGGAAUACAAGUAUGAUGUAAACCUUCUCGGGGAAGCUCAUGAGUGGAAUUAUAAGCGAGCCAAAGAUGCCUUUGAGAAGAAUGUCUCACCUAUCAUAAUAGACAAUACCAACUUACAAGGAUGGGAAAUGAAGCCAUAUGUUUCCUUGGCUAUGAAACAUAAAUAUAAGGUAACAUUUCGAGAACCUGAUACUUGGUGGAAAUAUAAACCAAAAGAGCUUGAAAGGCGUAACCGUCAUGGUGUAAAAAAAGAAAAGAUUAUAAAAAUGUUAGAAUAUUUUGAGCGUGUGACUGUGAAUUCUAUAUUAAACCUCUCUCACCCAAAAUCAUCAAAAAAUGCUGAUAAUUCUCAAAGAAAAACGGACGAAGGAAUAAGGGACAUUAAUACCUUGCCACAGUCUUUGAAGGAAGAAGAAGCUGUUCUUUCUGUUACACUUGAAUCCGAAAGCAUGGUAGAUAUAGGAAGUGCAGCUCCAGCCAUACAGAAGAGCUUAGAAGUAUCUAAAGUAGAUGAAGAAUUCUUUCCUGAUGUUGCAAAAUCGGAGCUAGAAAAUCUAAUGGCUACUGAGGGUGACGGCUCUGUGGAUGUAAUUCAGCCUAUACAAAAUAUUAAUACUGAUAAUAAGGUGCAAAGUAAUGAAGACUGUUCCUCUGAUGAUUCUUCUGGAGAUAAGCAGGGUCUAGAUAUAGAGAGUGGGUCAUCCCUGCGGAACGAAAGGCCAGAAUUCCUAAGCUUUGUAGGAGACUGGCCAGUGGAGAAAACCAUGAGUCAGAGGUCCCCGCGAAGUAGAAAACCCAGAAAGAAACAUGAGAAAAGCAAUACUUCUGUUCCAAAAAAGGAUGAAAAUGAAAAAGCCACAGACCCGGUUAAAGAACAAAUAGAUCAGGCUACUGAACAUGAACAAAUAGAUCAGGCCACUGAACAUGAACAAAUAGAUAAUAAAUCUAGAGAACAAGAUCAGCUGAAAAAAUCUACUUCUGGGAUCAUGGAACAUCAUAUUGACUCCUCGACUGUGGACUGUGAUAAUGAAGAACAUUUAUUGGAAAAUGUCUGCACCUCAUUAAUACUAAAUGAUAAGGAAGAUUGUGCCAGAGAAGAAGGCAGAUCUGAGGACAUAUUUGUUGAUAACAUUUCUGAUCUUAAAGAGCAGGUAGCUGAAAGUACGGACGGUGGGGUUGUUCAGUGUGUAACUAGUGUUAGUAAAGAUGUUAAAGUAAAGCCAAGGCAUCCCAGACGUAACUGUAGACAAUGUAAAUUGGCACUAAACUUCCCAAACAAUUGCACCAUCUCAUCCAAUGAUGAGGAAUCUAGUGUUGACCUGGGUAAAUUUUCACAAACUGAGCCUCAAGAUUUUGCAUUGGCAUGGAGAGUAGAGAGAAGAAAUGCAGACGUUUUAGAUUCUGCAAAAAUUAUGAUCGGAAAAAGUAGCAGGUUUACAUCGAAGUCUUUAGAUUCUCAGGAGAAUAUUCCAUACAGAGUGAUGCAACAUAAAAGUACCUUUGUGGAGGAGGAUGAUAUCAUCAGCUUAGAAGAUCAGGAUAGUUUGGAUAUUCUUUGCAAACUCUUUAGAUCCCUUUCAUUUGACAUACUAGAAGAUUUGUUUGAAAGGUGCAAUAAAGAUCUAAUAUGGACAACAAACUUGCUUCUUGAUUCUGGAGAAAAAAUGUAUAAGGAUGAGGAAUGUGAAGACUUAGUAUCAUGUUCCCAUUCGGAUAUUGAUAGUCUUCAGGAUAACAGUCCUGUAAUAAUUGAGGAAAAUGCUGAUGCAAUGGAAGAAGAAAAAUCUGAAAACGUGGAAUCUGAUUUUGCCAACCUCAGCUUAAAUGCUUCAGAAUAUUCUCCAUUUGUAAACAAUUUGCCUCUUGUUGUUGCAGAAGAGUUAAAAAAGGGCAAUGUCUUGUCUUCUAAUGAAAUAAAUCUCAGUCAUCGGUCUAGAAUUUCUUCAGAAGUGAAAGAAAUUUUUCCAAGCCAUGAAGCCAUAACCGAUGCCAUUGCUUCUGAUUUCAUAUGGUCUUCGGAUGUAGAGACAGAACUUACUAAUACACAGGAUUUAUCCUUCAAUAACUUACAAAGCAGUAACCCAUUCAAAACCAUUGAUAAAGGAAGUAAAGGAGACUUGAAUUUUAGUCAUGUAGAUUUGUUUGAAAAAUUAGAUAAUCCUUGUCCUGAAAUAUUAGUGAUUGAGAAUAAUGAAGAGCAAGGCUUCAUAGAAAACACAGCGGUUGCUGAAGAGGAAAAGAAAAUACAAAAUAAAAACAACUCCAAGUCACAAUCUAAGGAAUCCAUGAAGUUUGAUUAUUUGGAGUUGACUUUGCCUCCAGAAUUUGCCUUUCAGCUCACCGAGUUGUUUGGCCCAGUUGGGGUUGAUCCAGGUUCAUUAACUAUUGAAGAUUGUGUAGUGCCAAUAGACCUGAAAUUGGCUGAAUCUAUCCAUAAGAAGUGGAAAGAAUCCAUUAUGGAAAGACAGAGACAAGAAGCGUUAUCGUAUCAGCUCAUUUUCCAAGACAGCUUACCAGAUGACCCUGUUGACCUGGUUACAGUUCCACAAACAUCCGAGUCUGGUGUGUCACCAAGAGAUACAGACCUAUUACCAUUCAUGGAUCAGUGGAAUACAAGAACAAAGAAGGUGUCAUUGCGUGAGAUCAUUGCAGAGGAAAUGGCAUUACAGGCCCAUGAAGACUCGAAAAAGUCUUUAUCAAGUAAAAACUGUGCUGUAAAAAUGAAGGAAAAGCAACUCUUGGAACUGUUUCCUCAAGUUGAGCAACAAUUACUACUGGAUAUCUUUAAGGAAAACAACUAUUCAUUAGAGCAGACUGAGCAGUUCAUGAGCUCUGUUCUGGAGGCUGACCCUGUGCAGAAUGUGAUAGCACAAGGCUUCAAGCAAGCAGUGUCCACAGCAUCUGAAAAAAACAAGGACAAGAAAUUGAAGCCAGAUAAAGAAGUCCUCAAUGAGCGAUAUUUCCAGGACAUGGAGUACCCAAAUUAUGAUGACUUCAGAGCUGAGGCCUUUCUCUAUCAUCAGAAACAGCAGGAGAGCUACAGGAAAGCAGCAGAAGCUCAUAACAGGGGCAUGAAGCAAGUGGCGGCUUAUUAUGCUCAGCAGGGCUAUCUGUAUGGACAGAAGAUGAAAGAGGAGAAUCAUAGAGCAGCUGUACAGAUCUUUGAGAGGGCUAAUGAGUAUCUAUUGCCAGAGAAUAUAUUAGAUUUACAUGGACUCCAUGUGGAUGAAGCAAUGAAACACUUCCGCAAGGUGCUGCAGGAUAAGACAGAUGAUUUCAAGCGUAAUGGUGGCAAGUCCUAUAUCCUUGUGAUCACGGGAAGGGGAAACCAUAGCCAAGGAGGAGUUCCCCGCAUUAAACCUGCUGUUAUAGAUUUCCUCACAAAUCACGACUACAGAUUUCAAGAAAAGACCCCUGGCGUUCUCCGUGUAGCAUUGAAUAACGCAGUUGCUAGGAUUUGAAAAGGGAACAGCAUUCAUGUCCUCAGACUAGUACACCAGCAUCAUACAACCAAGGGAAAUAAUGGUGUUUUUUUUUUCUUCUUUUUACCUGACAGUACUAUGUUGCGAGAUGACUGCUAAUAAUAUAGAAGUACUUGUUUAUUUUAAAGGAGGUUUUACCUUGUUUGUAACCAUGGGAAGUGUAUCUCUUUGGGCACUUGUUUUUAAGAAAAAAAUGGUGCUUAUGGUUGGACCUUUCUGUCUGACUUGCUCAAUACAAAUUUUAUUGUGAUCUUUUAUGUUUCCAAAGCAAGUAUUCCGCUACAUGUACAGUAUCUAUAUUAUGCAUACAGGCUGAGCUUACUAUUCUUUUUGAUUUUAGGUAGUUCUGAUAUUGUUCCCAAUAGUAUAUGAUCGACACUGAGCCAAGUUAUUUACCAUUUGGAAGCAUUUUUAUGUGUGCAUAAGUCAUUUUUACACUGCUUGACCCACCAUAUCGACAGUAACAAUUUUGGUAAUGGCUGGGCAGAACACAAAUGGUAUUUACUGCAGUCUAUAUUCUUGAGGUGGAUGUGCACAUUGUAACAGCUUCUCUGCUCUUCCCGUAACAGAAUAUAGACUGCAGUAAAUGAUGACCAUAUUCUCCUUAGAAAACAGCAUUUCUUGCUCUGCUAUCACAAAAUUAGUUCUUGGUUAUUAAAGAGCGAUAACUAGCUAAAAGGUGGGGACUGACUACUGGGACCCCAUGGAAAAUGAGAACAGAGUCAAUUGAUUGGGUCGCAUACGUGCUCAGGCACUACUCUGUUCAUUUUCUAUAUGAUUUCCUAAUAUUUCUGAUCAGUGAACUCUGUUUGAAAGUCCCAUAGGCAGUGAAUGAAGCAGUGGCCAAGCAUGUGGACAGUUGAUCUCCAUUCCUGUUAAUGGUGGGGUCCCAGCUGUCAGCUAAUUAAUCCUCUAUUCUGUUCAUUGGGGUUAACUUUUAAUCUUUGUGUAACCCUUUUUUUUUUUAGGGAUCAAGUUGCAUCAUAGGUGCCUAUUAAAGAGGUUCCUAUAAUGCAAAUUAAGGAUUACUGUAAAUGUGGAUAGUCCGGCCAGGAAGUGGAGCGCAGUGCUGUCUUUUAAUUGCUGAUCACAGCGGAUCUCAGCGUUGUUCACUUAGCAGAUUCCCUUUAUGUAAAAAAAAUAUCUAUUUACUCUGAACAUCGUGCUGAGCUGUCAUUAUUAGAGGGUUUAGCUAAGAUUGUGUUGCAGUAUUGUUAGGAAAACGCUCUGAUUUUUGUUGACUUGAUUUUAAUAUGGUGUGCCGAGAGUACCUGACAUCAAACCAUAUUUUUUAAACUGACUCAUAAUAUUCUCUAUCUACUCCUAACACCCCCCUCCUGCCCUUUAAAAAAAAUAAAAAUAAAUACGAGCUUUACAAAGCUCUAUAUCAUACCUUUUCCCUUGCUCACAUUGUGUAAGCUCCCGGCAGGAGAAAGUGGGUGUUCCCCAGCAGGCACAACAUCACUGAAGCCUGCGAGAGCUGUGCCUCCAGAAUUAAACACAUUAAAAACAUAUAAAGGUUGAGAAUUUUAACAGCAAGUAGAUAGCAAAGUGUCUUAUAAUUACAUAAGGAACAGUACAUAAAUAGUUUAGUUUGAUGACAGGUUAUCUGGUCUCAAAUAAAAUUAAAGAGGGAAUAUGGUUGGUUGCCCUACUUUUCUUUUGUCCAAGUAUAUACUUUUCUUUAGAUAAGCCUGUAAAAGUAAAUUAAAGGGAAACUGAAAGCGGGUUUACCUGCACUAAUCCCAUUAAGCAGGGUGAUUACUUACCUGAAUCCGCAGUUCGGUUCUUGAGAUACCGUUGUAAUAGCCUCCAUUGCUAAUAUGUAAAUAGCCGGCUUUGCGCAAUGGAGGUGGGACCCGGCAUACCUUGUUUUGCUGAUUUCCUACAUACAGACAGUUUAAAAAUAAUUGAUUGUACAAUCUUAAUAAAUCUAGAUUCACGGUUUAGCAGAUGUCAAGAUGUUAAAACAUGGACUGUGAUUGCUAAGGACAGCAAGGUCACUUUCUUGAAGAUCAUUUUGAUGUAUGAGCUCUCCCACUUGAUCUUGAGACCGGAUGUAGAGAGAUGCAACCUACUCUAGGUGGAAGGACUGCCAAUGCAUCCUUCUGACGCCCAGUGAGUUUUGUGCAGUAGUCCUAUUGACUAUAAUAGAUUCAGUGCACAAAAUGCAUUGUGAGUUGUAUGUUUGCCUCAGACUUGCCUCUCUAUUAUUGGAAUGUAAUUAUGUAAGGAUCAUGCUUUAUGCAGGAUUUUUUCCUGAGAUCAACUAUCCAGGUCAUGUUUUAAAUACACCAUAAGUGGUUCCUUAUUUUAUAUAAUGCUUGCAUUUUUUCCAUCUAAUAAAUUGAUGGCAUGAUGACCUCUUUUGAUUCAGCUCUGUAGGCCUUUCACAGUUUUUUUCAUUUACAGUGGUGCUUUCAACUUCCCAGCUUUGCUGAGAACUGUACCUUGCCCCAUUCACUUCAAUGGAACUUUGUCAGAGUUCACGGUGCAGCAGGUGGCCAGGCCCUGCUGUGCUGGCAUAAACUAUAAAGGGACUGCAGCCCCUUUAUUCUUCAAGAAGAAUAAUAAUAAUAGUUUAACCUAUCAAUAUACAAUUACGUAAUAAGAUGGGAAUAAAUCUUUAUUAUCGGAAUAAUGGAUAUUUCUAGUAUUGAUGUUUCAGUCUAUUGCCAAUUGCCAGAUCGAUAUUUGUUGUCAGUGAAUGGGAACAUUCUUCUUUUACAUCCAAAGGCUAGGAAAAUUUCGGGACCAUGUCUCCUAUCUAGGGGUUUUCAACAAUUACCUUUUUAGUCCUCUGUCAGCUAAAUACAUUAGUAGAUUAUCCCUACUCAGGCCUUAAAAUCCUAAAAUGUGUUAGUCUUCGUAAAUGUGAUAAGGAGUCCAUGCUUCUGAAUGGUCACUUACUAAUCAACAAAGUCUUUAGGAUAAGAGCUCUAUUUUUGGCCAUUAUAGGGCAUUUUCACCAGUUUUCCCCAUUGCUGGCUCCCUCUCUAAUUUUAGUUGUCCUUUAAGCUAGUGGGUAGAAACUUGCAGCAGUUAAAGGUCCUACACACUGUAGACACACACACGACUGGGCCCUGGUCCUAUAUCUCUAUAGCACACAAGAAGCAGCAUGGAGGACAUUAUAGAGCCAUACUAAGGAGUACAAGCUGUUAGUCCAUAACAGGGUUGAAAAAGAACUAGAUUUCUUUCUGUCUCUCUGGAAACUCCUUCUCCCCUUUCCAUAGACUUUUUUGGGCAGCUGUAAUUUGAUAUUUCAGUAAGCUGAUCUGAUUCCAGAAGUGAAUGAUGAGUUUAGAAGGUAGGGAGGGAGGAGAAAAGUAGCCCGAUAAGUGGAGAAAGAGGCAUUUUUCUCUAAUAAGAUGCAUUAUAAAGUCUCUUCUAUUGAUUUAUGCAAAGUUUAUUAAAAAUAUAAGCAUUGCUUAGACGGAAUACAAUUGUUGUGAACUCUGUGAGUAGGACUGAUUCCGUACAAUUUUAAUUUUUGCUUCUAGGUGUCACUGUUCCUUUUCACUGACAAUAAAAAGAAAAUGCAAGAGAAUUGGAAAUUUGCAGAGCUGUUCAUUGUAAAAUAAUUAAAGACCUUGUCCAAUAGAAACCCAUUGCUACUUUCUUCUAUGAACAGGACAACACCUGUAUAUGAACUUUACCUCACAUUGCAGUUCAUUGAAGUGAAUGGUGCUGAGCUGCUAUGCCUCAUGCCAGCUGUGGAGAGAUGUGGAACGGGAUGGUAAAACUUGUGUAAUUUAGUCAAGAGACUAAAGCACCAUAUUGAAUUUUCCAAUUUCCCACACAGUGGAUGUAGCUAUUGUUCAACAUAUCCAGCCUGUCAGAUAUAUAGGGAAUUGUGAUGAAAAAUAGAUGUUUCUGAUGUCUUAGGUUCAUAAACCUUUAUAGAUCAGUAAAUGCCAACCUCUACUAUGAAAAAGCAGCGGGCACAUGCAUAGCCGUGAUAAAUAAGCCUGUUCUCUAUAGGGCUGUGUCCAGCACAGUAGUUGAUGGUCUAUGUCUUUGUCUUAACACCUCAGUCAUUUUGGUUCAUUUUUAUUUUUUUUUUCUUCUAACACAAUUUGUCAUAUCACAAGUUUUCAUUUUUAAGUCACUGUUAGGUUUUAUUUUCAGUCAAAAGCAGAACACUGAUUUUACUGAAUCUCAAGAUUACUUGUAAAAGCUUUUAUAUCUGAUGCAGUUCCUUUAUUUGGCAUGAGGGUUUUAAUUUUUUUUCCCCUGAUCGUCAACUCUUCAAAUUAUUUUGUUAUAUAUCUCUCAUAUUUCUUUGACUUUCCUUUCUUCUUAACACUUUUCAAUGACUAAUUUUUAUUGUACGCUACAAGCAACACAAAUUUAUUUUUAUCGCACCACUUAGAAGCUGUGUAAAUAAAUUUUUACCUUACAGGUUGUAAAAAAAAAAAAAAAAAAUGGUAAUUUCAGCUCAGGUGUUUACUGCUAAUUUAUAUAAGGAAAAGAGAAUCAAGCAAGAUGACUAUAAUGUACUGACAAAAGGAAGUCUUAAGCUGGCCAUACAAUUCAGAUAGCUGUCGGCUGCCUCUUCUGAUCCCCCAAUACAUGCGCUAGUAUGGCUUGGCCAGAUGUGCAUGUAUUCUGAAUGGGGAGAGCAAUGUAGAAAACCUUCAUAAACAGAAGAUAGUUGUCCGAUCCUGCUGAAUUAGUUGCGUUUGGCCAACCUAAAUCUGUGUAUGGCCAGUUUUAGACUCUGUUCACGCAGAGUGUCAAGGCUAUUGGUUAUAAUGGAGAAUUGAUUGGUUUCCCUUUCAUCCAUGCAGACCUUAAUAGGUUCUGUCAGUCUUCUGGUAAUCUUGGCAUGUGAACAAAGCCUUAAGACCAGAAACGUGCUGCUCUUUGGAGUAAAUUUUUUAUUUUUUUCUGAGAUGUGAACAAAUGUACAGAGUAUUAUAUGUUGUGUACAUACUAAAUAUUUUUUUAUCUGGAAUGUACAUAUUUUUUAUUGUCUUCUAACACUUUAUACAAGGGGGCAUUAUUCCUGUCAUUGGUUCCAUGCUCAAAAAAAAAAAAAAAAAAAAUGUACCUAAUACUUUAUCUGCCAUAUGCUGGAUGUGUGGACCACUGCUUAGAGGUAAAUUCUGUAUUCUAUUUUUAUAAUUUGUUUAAAUGAACUUUUAUGGCAUGUAUGAUGUUGUGUUUUUUUUUUUUGUUUUUUUUGGAAUGUACACUGUUUUAUGGACAUUUUAGAACAAGAAAAA